AUGAUUAGCCUUCCAGAAGAUCCACAUAUUAGAACUUAUGAUGAGAUUCUGCGUCAUUUUAAUGUUGAUGUAGAUGUAGGUUUAUCACUUGGCCAAAUAGAUCAAUAUACUAAAUAUUUUGGGAGGAAUGCUUUAGAUGAACAAGAAAAGAUAUCAAUAUGGAAUUUGAUAUUAGCUCAGUUCAAUGAUUUACUUGUUAAGAUCUUGCUAGGUGCGGCUCUGAUGUCUUUUAUAUUUGCUACAAUGGGUAAUAACCACAUGGAGGAAGGGAUAUCGUCUUUUAUUGAGCCAAUUGUAAUAUUAUGUAUUUUAAUAAUAAAUGCUUUUGUUGGGGUGUGGCAGGAAUCUAAUGCUGAGAAUGCUUUGGAAGCAUUAAAGAGACUACAACCAGAACUAGCUGAAGUAUUGAGGUGUGGAAUUUGGAGUGAAAUACCUGCAGAGGAACUAGUUCCUGGAGAUAUUGUAAGGGUUAGAGUAGGUGAUAGGAUUCCUGCAGACUUACGUAUUAUUAAGCUAUUAACAACUUCUUUAAGAGUUGAACAAAGUCAAUUAACUGGAGAAUCAUCGGGUGUACUAAAAACAGCUGAUUCAUUAGAUAUGAGCAAACGAUAUAUUGAAAUUCAAGCAAAAAAUAAUAUGCUUUACUCAUCUACAACUAUAGUCCAUGGAUCUUGUGUAGCUUGUGUUGUUUCUACAGGUAUGAAGACUGAAAUAGGAGCAAUUCAGUCUGCAGUACAGAAAGCAGCUGAGAAUACAGAGGAUACUCCACUGAGUAAGAAAGUUAACGAAUUUGGCGAGAUGUUGAGUAAGGUUAUUGCAGUUAUUUGUAUUAUUGUGUGGGUUAUUAAUUGUCGAAAUUUUAAGGAUCCAGCUCAUGGUUCAGUAAUUAAUGGAGCUAUUUACUAUUUUAAAAUAGCUGUAGCGUUGGCUGUUGCUGCUAUUCCUGAAGGUCUACCAGCAGUAAUAACUACUUGUUUAGCUUUAGGAACACGUAAGAUGGCUCAAAGAAAUGCAAUAGUACGUCGUUUACCUUCUGUGGAGACAUUAGGAUGCACUACUGUUAUAUGUAGUGAUAAGACAGGGACUUUAACAACUUCUGAGAUGUGUUGUGUUCGAUUUUUCAUUCCAAAAAAUUCUAUGGAAGUUUCAAAAUACUCAGUAGAAGGCCAUUCAUAUUCUCCUAUAGGUAACAUCUAUAAAUUUGAAUCAAGUAAUAGCUCCAUUAGAUUUAAACAUAUUACUGCUCAAGAUGCUAGCUUGCAAUGGCUUGCCAAAUGUUUAUCACUUUGUAAUGCUUCUCAGCUAACUGUAGAUAAUGGUUGCAAAUUUAAAAUUCAAGGGGAACCCACUGAAGGUGCUUUACGAGUUUUAGUUGAGAAGUUGGGUUGUACAGAUGAAAAGCUUAAUAAAAGAUAUUUAAAUGAAUUGGGAGCUAGGGCUUCACAUACUGCAAAUAUAUUCAGUAACUUUUGGUGUGAAGGUGUUAAACUUAUUACUACUUUAGAGUUUCACCGAGAUAGAAAGUCAAUGAGUGUAUUGUGCCGUGAUACAGAAGAUACUACAACUCAUAUUCCCAUUAAAACAUAUAUAUCUAAUAACCUGAUUAGUUCAUCAAAGAGCUUCUCAAAAUCUAAUAUUCUAUAUGUAAAGGGAGCCCCUGAAAGUAUUUUAGAACGUUGUACCACAUUCAUGAUGCCAGAUGGUACUGUGGAAACUAUUACAGAGGAUUAUAAGAAUAUAAUAUUGGAAGAAGUUGGCAAUAUGGCUAAUGAUGCCUUGAGAACAUUAGCAGCAGCCAUCAGAUUUGAUGGUUUAGGACCUUUAAGUGAAUAUUUAGGUCAAGCUAAGUUUCAAGGAGCAGAAUUACUUAGUGAUCCAUCUAGAUUUGUGGAAAUUGAACAACAAUUAUGCUUUUUAGGUGUAGUGGGAAUUUUUGAUCCACCUCGUCCUGGUGUUAAGAAUGCAAUCUUACGCUGUCAGAAAGCUGGGAUUCGUGUAUUUAUGAUUACAGGAGAUAACAGGAAUACUGCUGAAGCAAUUGCUUCAUCAAUUGGAAUUUUACAAGGUUCUAAAUAUUCUUGGAAUGUCUCACACUUAGCAGAAUAUGAUAAUCAAGAGAAAUCUAGUAUGUUAAAACCUUUGAUGAUUGAAGAAUCAGAUGAAAAAAAAAGUCGAGAUGUUUCUAAUGGAAGAUUUAAUUUUAUGAGAUUAAAUAGUGAGCCUUUUAAUAGUCAAUUUACGAGAUGUUGUUCACUAACCGGUCGGGAAUUUGAAGAAUUACCUGACAAUAUUAAACUAUCUAUUUUACGUGAAUCUUUUGGAGUUGUUUUUAGUAGAACUGAACCUAAACACAAACAGGUCAUUGUAAAAUUACUUAGUGAAUUAGGUGAAAUUACUGCAAUGACAGGAGAUGGAGUGAAUGAUGCACCUGCUCUUAAACAAGCCGAUAUUGGAAUUUCAAUGGGAAUAACAGGUACAGAUGUAGCUAAAGAAGCAAGUGAUAUGAUUUUAGCAGAUGAUAAUUUUGAAACUAUUGUAGCAGCUAUAGAACAGGGAAGAUCAAUUUAUAUGAAUAUGAAGGCUUUUAUUAGAUAUCUUAUCUCAUCUAAUAUUGGUGAAGUUGCUUCUAUCUUCUUAACUGCUGCAUUAGGUAUUCCAGAGGGUUUGGCUCCUGUUCAAUUAUUAUGGGUUAAUUUGGUAACUGAUGGAUUUCCAGCAACGGCAUUAGGGUUUAAUCCUCCUGAUCCUCGUGUUAUGAGACGACCUCCUAGAAGAAAAGAUGAUAGUCUAAUUUCAGCCUGGGUUUUCAUCAGAUUUCUUAUUAUUGGUCUUUAUGUAGGUAUUGCUACAGUUGGAAUUUUUAUUUGGUGGUAUGUUUGGGGUAUAGACCCAACAGAUGGAAAUACUUUAGUCACUUUCGAACAGCUUAGAUCUUGGGCUAAAUGUAAUACGUGGCAAAAUUUUAUUUCUAAUCCUGUAUAUGGAUCUACAAUAUCUGAACCUUGUAGUUAUUUUACAACUGGAAAGAAAAAGGCUAGUACUUUAUCACUAACAGUUCUUGUUGUAAUUGAAAUGUUAAAUGCUCUAAAUGCUCUUAGUGAGGAUAACUCACUUCUUCAAGUACCACCCUGGGCAAACCCCUUGUUAUUCAUUGCUAUUAUUUUAUCUAUUAUGGUACAUCUGGUCAUUCUAUAUAUUCCACCAAUUGCAGCAAUAUUCAAUGUUGUACCAUUAUCUUUUACAGAUUGGAAGGCUGUUAUUUGGUGUUCUAUACCUGUCAUCAUUAUUGAUGAAAUUUUAAAAGCUAUUUCCAGAGGUUAUCAUAGAGUUAUUGAUUUCCAAAUGGAUAAUGUAAAUGACUUAGAUGUUUCUAAGAGUCAUUCACCUGUCAAAAAAAUUCAAUGA